UUCGGAGCCAUGCAACUUCAGUUAUAUCCGACACGCACCCCGUAUACAUUCUUCCGUUCGAGACCACUCAUUUUAACCUAUAUUUUUCUUAAAAUCUUCCCCAUUAUCCAGUUGCACCAUAUCUAAAAGUAUAUCGAAAUUUCUCUAUUGCAUGCAUCCUUUUACCCGGAGAUCGUUCAACAAUCCGGAACAAGUCCAGUCACUUUGUCAUCAGGUGCUGGACAAAAAGUUGAAGGCACUAAAAUUGAAUCCCUUGGAAGGUCUGGACGAUGUUGAACCCCAGAGUUGGCACAGCUUAACAGGUACUGAAAAUUCAAGUACAAGGAUGAUAAUCCUUGGUGAAGAUAGCUUGCGCACUCAAUACGUCCCUCCGAAACCUACAGUGAAGAUCCUCAAGAGGCCAGCAAGGCAUUCCCAAGGCAGCGGAGACGGGCCUCUCCUCAACGGAGAUGGCAAACCGAAGCAGCCGAUAAAAUCCCUAAAACAGAGGGAGCAAGAAUAUGCAGAGGCACGCAAACGUAUUCUGGGAGAGGAAAAAAGUCCAGAAGAGAAAUCGGUCUGCGAAGUAAACAGGAUCCAGCCAAAGCCACCGAGUCCUCCAGGGAGUAAUCUCCCUACAAAUGUGCUACGGAUGCCAAUUGGCCCUGAUGGAACCCGAGGUUUCCAUGUCCGCAGGUAGCGCUGUUACCAGGGUUUUUCCCUCGUCACCCAUCUUUAUCCUCUUGGUCCCUCCCCUGCCCCAGGGGAGGCGGAGAGGCGGCUAUGAGGCCGACCGCAGAAUUCUGAAAGCAGCUUCGCGCUUCUUGGCAACUCAGAGCGUGACGUCCUUGGAAACCACAAGGAGUCUGCUUGGAUCUGCGUCCAACAGGCCACAGCACACCACCGCAUAUUGCACAGCGCCAAACACACGUACCAAUAAUAUCAAAUGCUAAUUACAUAAUAACGUGACACUGUUGCCAAAAAAGAAAAGAAAAGAGAAAAAAACUACACAAAACAAAUAUUCACAUAAUACCAAUUCGACAUUGUUUUUACUAAGUUUUUUUUUUUUUAUUUUCAUUUUCUCGUUUCUGUUACAAAUGGACCAGAGGUUCUUGAUUCAAAUAGGAUCGUCAGAACUAGGAAAAAAAUUUAUAUCUCUUCUGAAUAGCGGACGAAAGAUGUAGAAAUUCGUUUCUUCUUGAUCGGGGUGCUUGACAAGAAUAUUCUUGCUGAUAUCGAGAACUCUAGUACAUAAUACCCUCAAUAAUAUAAAAUAUUCCUGUUGUA